CAUAAAUGAACCCCACGUGGUGAGUUCCCCGGCGACACCGACACCGGCUGGCCGGCACAUCCCCAGUUCACGCGGUGACGGCAGAUGCGUGGAGGUCGGGAUAUCAGGUCCCGCUCCACGCACUGCCGAACACCAACGCGCCCACGGAGAGGCCCGACAGCCAACCGACGGACAGGAACAAAGACGUGACUGGAAAAGAAAGAAACAAACGACCCCAACACGACAGCGACUCGACAACAAACGCAACCAAGGAGAAGAAGACGACGGCGAUUCGACGACGAAAAUAAAAGGGAACCCUGCGAGUGAGCGGCAAGAGACCAAAGGGAUGAGCAGGUCUCCCCCUUAAGCUGUGCUGUGCUGUGCCGCAGACCUACCGCUGGUGAGUGAGUGAGUGGCUUUGCGUCGGCCAUCGACUGGCCUGUACUGUACUGGUGGUGUCUGGCAGGUGCUCGAUGGACGCCUUAAGCGCACCGUCCUGCUCGUGGUGGUCCUUAAGAGCGCGACACAGUCAUAGGGCGCCCAUGCGGCUGAGGGCUGCUAUGCCGGUGUCCAUCGGCCGCUAUGCCGGUGUCCAUCUUGCCUAUGUCGCCGCCGGCUGUGAGGAAGGCGUGGAGGUCGACAAGCGUCGAGGGGUGGGCCACGCCAAUGGCAUCACACAGCACAGUGCGGUCGUCGCUGAGAGUCGCCAGCACGCCACUCGGAGGAGGCAAACUCUGACCCUCACCCUGCAGACAGAGAGGAUACAUGCUGUGUGGUGGCCACGUGCUUGCAAGCAGAUUUGUUUGCUUACGUGUUGGAAGAAGGGCACGAUGGCCAGAAGGUCGGCUCGCUGUGAGGCCUUACGGCAACGAUGUACUCAGUCCACUCGUCCUUGCUGGCAAACGUCCUUCCCCAUCUCAGCUUCCGCCGACCCGUCAGCCACACCGUCAGUGAGGGCUAGUUGAGCAGACAAAGCGACUCUGCAUGGCAAACAAGCAGACCAUCACACGCCUCACAGGUGCUUGUGCCUGCCUCGCCCAGCGACCCACUCACCCGCUCGCUGACGCAGCAGGAUCUGGGCGCCGAUUCUCGACAAUCGGCUUGUUAAUCGGAGGCUUCAGCGGUAGAGCUGCCAGUACUGUCUGCCGGAGGGCGACUCAACCAUACUCGACCCGCCAGGUGGUACAUGUUAGCAGGGACCAGCGGCGGUCUGCCGCCGAGCUGGGGUUUGCCGACGUCCGCCGGGCACAACGGAAGCACAAACACCGACUUUAAGCCGGGUGGCUCCUCCCUGGCGCCUCGCGAACCCCCGUCACCCGCCGCAGAGGAGCGCCGACCCGACCAUCCUCACGACUACAGCCAGGUCGAACGAAUGGCUCAUUCUGGCUCGGUCGAGCCACCCCCUGCUCGCCCCUGCCGCCGUCUGCUGCUGCUGCUGCUGUUCCCUCUGUCGCAUGAAGCUCAGGAACGCCUGAUGGUCCUUGGAUGGGAGUGAUGGUGAUACGAGGGAGAGGGAGGUGGUGGGCAGGGGCAUCUCAGUCGCCAGCGGUUGGUUCGGUUGGUUGUCAGUUGCGCGUUCGCCUGAGUCAAAUUCCUCCAUGAUGUCCGCGUACGUGGCCGGGUCGGGCAGGCGGGAAUGCCCACGGCAUCGGCCAGCCGGUCGCGAUCCGACGCCCCCAUGGCAAAGGCACCACGCAAACCUGACAGACAGUGACAUCAUUGCACACAAACAGAUGGGGAUAGAGUGAAAUGGCCCACCAUAACGCAUGUGCAUGUGCAUGUGGUUGUGGUGCGGUUUGGUGGUGUUUGUUCACCUAGCUUAGCGACGCGUCUCGGCGGUCCCCUCUUCUGCUGUGCGCAGCGCGCCGCCUCCUCCUUGACGGAUGCGAAGAAGGCAGCCUUCUUGUUGCUCAUGUAGAUGCCCGGGUAGAGGGAGUCGUUGUCCGCUGGUGUGAGGGCCCUGACUCGGUCAGUGACCCGCCGCCGCAAGUCCUUCAUGAGGUCAAGGUUGGCACGGUGCAGUCGCAUCUGAAGCGGCUGCUCCUCAUCCUCACACUCACUCCCGUCCGACUGCUCGCCGUGCUGGUGGGGAUGGUGGGGGGCAUCGCCGGGCUCCGCGUUGACCGUCCGCUUCAUCCGUCCCUGACUUUCGGUGGUGUGGCUCGCCACGCCAGCCUCGUCCAUGGCAUCCUCGACAUGGUCAUCCGCCCCGCCCCCCACCCCCUCCCACUUGGCCCAGUCCACCUGCUGCAGAAUGGCGUCCACUUGUCCUCUGGGCAGUGGGUGCAGCGACCACUCAGCGGCCUUGGCGUUGCGCUUGUCCACCGCGCACUCGACGGCCGCCCUGAGGGAGGGGAAAUCCGCACACACCACCUCCUCUCUCGGCUGGCCCUCCUGCUGGCGGAACCCCACCAUGAUCGUCUCUAUGGCCGUCGGCGGUGCAGCGUGGGUGGUGCUGGGCACGGCAGAGAGGCCGAGGGGUGCCUCGGGCGGCAGGAGUGACCUGAGCUGCUCGAUGAACGACACCUUCAUGCGGCGGCUGUGGGUGUGUGGGACGGGGGCGGGGGGCUCAUUGUUCUGCCGUCUCUUGCGUCGUUUGGGUGCGGUGUCGAGGGUCUCGUAAUUGCUCCAGUCCUCUGUGUCGAGGACGUGGUCGGCCUGGUCGAUGGGGAUGGCCGCGAGGCCCAGUCUGGCUGCGCUGUUGCGGACCUUGAUUGCCUCGCGAUAGGCCUCCUUCAUGGGCCACUGGGAGGUGUGGAAGUCCUUGAUGUUGACGUACUCGCCCUGGAUCUUGUUGAAGCACACGCGGACCUUGGCCCACGGGUCCCUCCUGGUCGGCCGCCACGGGCAGACGCCCAGAGGCUGACGGUCGGGGAUCAGCGCACGCAGACGCAGAGUGAGCGGGAAAGCGCUGGUCGGGUCGGGCUCGCCAUUGGCUGCGCUCUGGUUGGAGCUGCUGGCGUGCCGUGACUCGGACAGGCCGUCAGGGACUGUCGGUGACGGGUGCGGGGGGGCCUUGGCGUCCAUGUCCCUGGCCUCGGCCUUGCUCCCGCCCAUGGCAGAGGGGAUGAUUGGCUUUUCCUUCAGCUCGUGCGUCGCUUUAUCCCCCCUCUCGACAGUGGGGAGGGGGCCCAGUGCACCGUUUUGUGGUGUGGGCGGCGGAGGAGGGGCUGAUGGUCUGGGCGGUAGGGCGCCUGAUUUGUCCGCCUGACGGGGCAUCGUCGGCCGUUGGUGAAACGAAUCUGCAGCAAACAAGAGGAAAAGGCAAAUAGACAGGAUCCAUGCAAUGCAUCCAUGUGCUCUUGGUGUGUGGUAUCUCGCGUACCCGCUGAUCUCACUGCCGACCGACCGCCGUGCCACCGGCGAUCGCUCGACACACCAACACCCCACACCACACACACAUCCACCCCACUUCACGCACUACGAAGGCGAAAAAAGACGACCAGCAGUCAGACAGACAGACGUACAGAAAGACGUACAGAAAGACAUUCAGCAGGGCUGGCCACACACACGGGUCGCCACAGGCACCAUGAGACCACCACAACCGCGCGUGAGCUCUCGUGUGUGUAGGUGUGUCGGUUGGGGUACAGAGUGAGCACAUCGGCUGAAAUCUCUCUCAGAUGGGUGGCGUGUGUGUGCGGUCAAUGUGUCCAUCGCUCUCGACUGACUCGAACAAGAACCCCCCCCACACUCACACAUACACAUACAUCACACAGGCGCCACUCGGCACGCAAUCUCAUAAGACGGAUGAAGAGGCAGCCACCCGCACUCUUCACAUGGCAGUCAUGCCCCGCAGCCUCCCCCCCUCUCUGCCUGUCUGUGUGUGUGUGUGUGUGUGUGAUGGGUCAACAUGGGCAAGUUAUGCCCAGCAGCGUCCUCCUGGCUACAGGGAUGGACUUCGACCAAGUCGUCACAGAGAGAGGGGCAGGCAAUCCGUUGGUUACAACGGCCAUAUCUAUUGGCAGUGCCUGCCAGACACACCCACCCACCCACGCAGACACAUACCCACCCAGACGCUACGAGACCGUACCAUCAGUCAGACUAGGGGGGGCGGCUUGGCGGGGGACGUUCGCGGUUAGACACGCGCUCGUCAGCCCCAGCCAGCCAGCCCACUAAUGGCGCGCACCCAUACAACGGUCGACGAGCCACUGGCAGAGCCAGCAGCCCGACCUCACGCCCUUCUUGUCCUCCCUCGUCCUGCCCUUCUUGGCCUCGCCCUUCUUGACCGCCGGGCUCUUCGUGGUGGGCGUUGGUUUGGUGGAUGACGGCUGUGAGGGGGCCUUCUCGUCCUCUCUCGCUGCGCCUCGCCUGCUGCUGCUGCUGCUGCUGCUGGGAGCGGUGGAGGCAGCAGUGGGCGUGUCGGUGUCCUCCUUCUUGGCGCCCCUGCUGGUGUUGGCGAUGUGCUUGGUGUGCCGUGCCUUGUCGGCCGUCAGUUUCUCUUCAAUGUACGCCGCCACGGCAGGCCCCAUCUUCUUGGCCACCGCCGCCUCCGCCGCCCUCUGCUUGGCCCACCUCUCCCUCAGCUUGGCCAGAUUCGCGUCGUGAGCCUUGUUUGCCGCCGCAACGCCCCGCUGGAUCUCCUCAAUCUGCACGAGUGAGGGAGCAGAUAGAUGGGCAGAGGUAAGGCAGUAAAGUCCCUGUUUGUAUUCGUUGGCAGGUUGGUCACCCACCCGGACGUAGAUCUUGGCCAACUCAGCAGGGGUGAACAGGUGCUCGUUGCCCUGAGAGACAGACAAACAGACAGACAGACAGACACACAACAAACACGCAGAGAGUGUGUCGCACUCACAGCAGAGCAGAGAGAGGACAUAUCAUGAAAUAUGCUGUGAGUGCGCAGCUUACCCCAAGUUGCACUUCCUCAUACGGAGGAGGAAACCCCUCACUGCUAUGGAGGCGGCAGAUGUCGUAGGCCUCCUGCAGCCGCUGAAACGCCUCGACAGAGCCGCCCUUGUCUGGGUGGCACCUCUACACACACACGCACACAGCACAGCAUGCCAGCAUGCCGCAUGCAUGCAUCAAAUGAGCCCUCCCCUUUGGUCAAUGCGCUGGCGUACCAACGAGAGCUCCUUGUAACGCGCUCUUAUGUCAUCAGAAGUGGCAGAGCUACAGAGGCCGAGGGUCCUAAGUGCGUCAUCAAUGCACGACAAACUCUGCAUCAUGCUGGCGGUGCGCUUCUGCCUGUUU